AUGGAAACAAAAAAUUCAGAAGAGUUAGUGUUAAAGGAAACAAAAUCACUUGGAUAUACCUCACACUUCAUAGUUCCCCCUCACGGACAUGGAGGUAGAAGAUUGGCACUCCUCUGGAACCAGAAGCUCCAAAUAAACAUCAUUACCGCUACAGACAACUACAUCGAUGCCUCUAUAACCUACAAAGACAAGUUCUUUUACGCUACAUUUUUGUACGGGGAACCGGACAAAACAAAAAGAGGUGAAGUAUGGGAGCAGAUAUCAGACCUGACGGCGGCAAGAGUUAGUCCAUGGUUCCUCACGGGGGAUUUCAACGAUAUUCUAGACAACACUGAAAAACAAGGAGGCCCAAUUAGAUCAGAGGCUUCCUUUGGAGUUUUUCGAGAAUUCAUGGCUACAAAUGAUCUCUAUGAUCUACAACAUACCGGCAAUUCUCUGUCUUGGCGAGGAGUGAGAUACGAUCACUUAAUCCACAGUAGACUGGACAGAGCAGUUGCAAAUAGCGCAUGGUCGGAGAUGUUCCCCACAGGAAGAAGCGCGUAUCUCCGAUAUGAAGCUUCUGACCACAGACCAAUCAUCUCUUUCUUUGAACCUACACUUAAAAAGAGAAGAGGACUGUUCAGAUAUGAUAGAAGGAUGAAAAACAACGAAGAAAUAAAGAAGCUGGUGGAUAAAACGUGGAAGGCAAACCUUUCUCAAACGGUGCAAGGAAAAAUCUCAGCUUGUAGAAGAGAGAUCUCAAGGUGGAAUCGAAAACACCACUGGAACAGCAAAAAGAUAAUAGAGGACCUGAAGAAAAGGCUGGAUGAGGCCAUGUCUGCCAGAGUUCCGGAUGAAGCAGCGAUACAGGAGAUAAACGCAAACCUGAAAACAAAUUACAAAAAAGAGGAAGAUUUCUGGAAACAAAGAAGCAUGCAAUUGUGGCUGGCACUGAGGGAUAAAAAUACAGGGUAUUUCCACGCAGUGUCACGAAACAGAAAGAGAGUCAAUACCAUAGUCAUGCUUGAAGACAAACAAGGGAAGGCCUGCUUUGAGGAGUCGGAGAUAGCAACAAUCAUCUCUGAAUACUACAACGAUCUGUUCACCACAAUAGAGGAACCACGCAGGAAGAAUAUAGUGGAUCAGACACUCUCUCCCUGCAUCUCACAAGAAGAAAACUUAAAACUAAUAGAACUACCAUCAACGGAAGAAAUAAAGGAGGCUCUGUUCUCGAUUCACCCGGACAAGGCGCCGGGACCGGAUGGUUUCUCAGCAUGCUUCUUUCAAACGCAUUGGGAGGUAGUGGGCGAAUCAAUAGUAGAAGAAGUGGGGUCUUUCUUCUCCUCAGGAAUACUCCCUACAGCAAUAAAUAAUACUCAUGUCAGAUUAAUCCCCAAGACCCCAAGCCCAAAAGGAGUAGCAGACUACAGACCGAUAGCUCUCUGUAAUUUCUACUAUAAAAUCAUCGCGAAAGUACUUACCAGAAGACUCCAACCGAUCCUGAAUGACAUCAUUGUAGAGAACCAAUCUGCAUUUGUACUAGGUCGAGCUAUCUCGGACAACAUGAUGAUAACACAUGAGGUGAUGCACUUCCUAAAGGUCUCGGGAGCUAAAAAACACUGCUCAAUGGCGGUGAAAACCGACAUGAGCAAGACCUAUGACAGAGUGGAAUGGGACUUCCUAUACGCAGUUCAACAACGACUAGGGUUCCAUCCAAAAUGGAUAAACUAG